UAUGAAAGGAUUUUUUCUUUAUACCCAACGCUCGUCAUCACCACAAGUGUUCACCCAAAACCCUGUCUGUUAGUCGUUCAUGAUAACGUUAGCUCGUGUACCUGUCGAAUGCAAAAUGCGGAACUAGAAUAAAGCGCGAAACGUCAGCGCGCCCGUUUGGGAUAACGUGCGGGACGGGUUUGGAUUGUAAACGCGCGUGCGCCUUCGCCCGUGAAGAUGUGCGCGAGAGACGGCGACCUCCUCGCGCUUGCGCCCGUUCUAUUUGCGUUCGCCUUCGUCAGUUGGUACGCCUUCAGUCAGUCGCGAAGCUCUGCCGGCCGCCUGGCGCGCUUCUCCCGACGCCCCGAAAUACUCGCCCGCCGCGCCCGGCCGCGCGCGAGCGCGAGCCAUGGCUGACCAACCGUCGCGUCCGCCUCCUAACAAUUUACUCUUCUGCGGGCCCCCGCCCGCCCUUCCGCCCGUUCUUCUCUUACCGGCAAACUACCCGCUCGCAACAAGCGCACUGCCUGCCCAACCUGACAGUGCCCCAAGUCUAACAAACAAUGAAAAUACUCUACACGAAAUAAACAACGUGGGUGUGCCAACUUACAACUCUCAAUUUGAAACACAUGCGGAUGACCCCGAGCUACAGAAGGACCUUUAUACGCAGCCUGUGUUACCAGCUUUCAAUAGCAAUUUUAGAAGAACAAAUAGUUUCGACGCAUCAUACAUAUACAAUGAACUAGAAAAUGAAAUUGAAAUUACACCACGGCUGUGUAGGUCUGAGCCAGACUUAUCUAAAUGUGGGUUAAUGGUUGAACCUGAAGUUUUUGUAGAAUAUGAACCCCACGACCCUGCUCCGCUCGUACUUAAUAAUCCGUUUUAUGACGGAGCAUACGCCCUAGGCCCCGCACAAUACAACCAGCCAAUAGUCAUGUUACCUGAUAAUUACAUGGCGUUUGAAGACUGCUUCGUGCCAACGUGGAAUUACAAACCAGAACAAUUUGUUGACAGAGAAAUGUAUUAUGACGGUUUACCUAUGAUACCGUCCAACGAUCCUUGGGCCAUUAUGCAGUAUGGUACAGACAAUGCUGCAUUUGAAUAUUACACUCCUCAUUACGACGAAAACGCAAUUGGAGAUCAUAAAGAUAUACAUUACAUGCCAUUGAAUGACAUUGAAUAUGCGAUACCUCAAUACAUGAGUUUGCCAGUGGUAGAAGAACCUAAAGUUGAAACGUAUACGGAUAGUCAACCGUCAGCAACAACAACUACUGGUUAUAACGAACAAACCGAAGACGACAAAUGUUUACGAACUGAACACGAUCAAAGUUUACGCACUGAAGAUGCAACAACAACUUGUCUUUCAAGUGUUUCUAAUCAAGAAAUUGGCGAUAGUGAAAAAGUCUGCGGUGUAGACUCUAUCACCGAUAACAGACAAUCAUCAGUCCAAAGUGAAGGGUCGUUAAUCGCAGAUACCUCGAUCGAUGUUACGUCAAGCUUGGCUUUCGUACCGACCAGCCAAAGUUCAGAGACGCCCCUCGGCGGCGACGCCACCAGCGAUGAUGACACAUCCCCAUCCUCCACCGACUAUCACGAGGCUUCUGCUCUCGACCUAGCUCAAAGUCUCGACGAACUGUCUUCUUGUGAAAGCACAGACUUUUCACAAAGUAGGGACGAGAUUUCGCCGCUUAUUCCUAAUCCACCAAAAUUUGACGAAAUAGUGCCAAGUGAUGUUAGUAACCGUGUGAAAGAUGAAAACUUAGUUUCAAAUAAAACAUCAGUUAAUAUUCCUAAUAAGCUCAUUCCAAAUAAUACCAAUGUGCCUAUAAUUAACGUAACUAAUAGUUUACCAGAUACAAUAGACUCUAAAACAGAUGUAACACCAGGCAUAUCAGUUGAAAAACACCCCAUUGUACCUGUCUCUGAAAAUAAUGAACAAGUUACAAAAGUGAGUGAAUCGUUAUAUUGUAUAAAUAAUAAUGAACAAAUCAUAGAAGCUAGUCAAAUUGUGAAUACCAGUGCUGCAAAAGUCAGUGUCCCCGAAAUAUCGCCCAUAACACCCCCGCAUCCGCCGGCAGUGCCGUCUUCUUGGUUAACUAACAAAACAUCGGUUUGUGACAAUGAGAAAGAUGCAGUGCCUUACACAUCACCUCAAAUACAAAUAGAACAUGUAGAGGCGUCAACAGUAGUGGAAAAGGAUGCUAAAUUUCCGCUAAACCAGCCAUCUUUCGAGAGCAAGCCGGCUCCAGCUGAACCCAAGCCUUCCUGCUCUUUUGUGCCACUUGUUGUACCACCACACGUGCCCCAAUUCAAGCCGAAAGAACCACCUAAAGAAGUAGAGAGUUCCCGCGCGCGCUCCUCCGUCAAGGACGACAAGGACGGACACCUCGUCUACUGGCCCGGAUAUGUCAUGGGAGCGAGAUACAAAAUCAUCGAUACGCUCGGUGAGGGCACGUUCGGCAAAGUGGUGGAGGUGAAAGAUUUAGAAAUGGAGCACAGGAUGGCUCUGAAGAUAAUAAAAAAUGUAGAGAAGUACAGAGAGGCUGCGAAAUUAGAGAUAAAUGUAUUAGAAAAGUUAGCUGAAGUUGACCCAGACUGUAAAAACUUAUGUGUGAAAAUGUUAGACUGGUUCGAAUACCACGGACACAUGUGCAUCGCAUUUGAAAUGCUCGGACAAAGCGUAUUUGAUUUCCUGAAAGACAACAACUACCAGCCGUACCCGCUGGAGCAGGUGCGGCACAUCGCGUACCAGCUGGUGUACUCCGUGCUGUUCCUGCACGACAACAAGCUCACGCACACCGACCUCAAGCCCGAGAACAUCCUCUUCGUGGACUCCGACUACGAGGUGCUCAGUGUGUACGCUAGCUCUAAGAAGAAGCACGACCUGCGGCGCGUGAAGCGCAGCGACGUGCGCCUCAUCGACUUCGGCAGCGCCACCUUCGACCACGAGCACCACUCCACCAUCGUCUCCACCCGCCACUACCGCGCGCCGGAGGUCAUACUAGAAUUAGGAUGGUCGCAGCCGUGCGACGUGUGGUCGAUCGGCUGCAUCAUGUUCGAGCUGCACCUCGGCAUCACGCUGUUCCAGACGCACGACAACCGCGAGCACCUCGCCAUGAUGGAGCGCAUCCUCGGGCCCAUCCCCUACAGAAUGGCGCGCAAAACGAGAACGAAAUAUUUUUACCACGGCAAAUUAGACUGGGACGAAAAGUCAUCGGCCGCCAGAUACGUCAGAGAAAACUGCAAACCAUUAUUAAGGUACCAACAGAGCAACAGCGAGGAACACCGGCAGCUGUUUGAUCUCAUCACGCGCAUGCUGGAGUACGAGCCCAGCCAGCGCAUCACGCUGCGCGAGGCGCUCAAGCAUCCCUUCUUCAGCAAACUGCCCACACAUCAGAAAUUAGGACACCAGUUUACAAGGCCAUCAUUCCUUAGGCAAUGACCGGUCACGCGGCAGCGGAGCCGGAGCCGCGUCGGCGGGCUCGCGGGAGCGCUCGCACUCGCUGUCGCGGUGAGGCCGCGGCGGUGAGGCCGAGAGGCCGCGGCGGUGAGGCCGAGAGGCCAAGAGGCCGCCCAACUUGUACAUAGAUCGUUAUAAUGAAGUGAUAAGUGAUCAUUAUUUUGUCGAACAUUGUAAUCUAGGUAAUUUGUUGUGAAUCGGUACUUCUCAUUUGUAUUUAUAAAUAAUUAUUCAAAAUAAAGACUGUUGGUCUUAAAUUA